AUGUUUGUACGAUUAUCCGUUGAAUGUCCAGGAUCAGUUGAUUGGACAGACAAACUCGAUGUCAUCUUUACGAAGCUGAUCCGAUCAUUUCGCCUCGGUAGCGUCGUAGGGCUUUGCCAGCAGUUCAAUUCAGAAGGUGCAUCAGGUUUCAUUACGUAUGCAAUGGGAACCCAGUGUCAUGAGAAACUGAUGAAGAACUUGCAAUCAGUUUUUCAACUAGUGGAAUCUUAUUUGCAUCCAUCAAAUCAUGGCAUGCACACACAACAUCUGCUAGUUUUUAUGAAUAAGCUGUCGUUAUGCGUUCUGUCGCGUGUAAAGAGGGAACGAAUGGAGAAGACUUCUAGCAAGUCCCGGACAUUUGUGAAGAUUCCGGCCUCGAUGCGGCUUACGCAAGCUCACCUUGACGAGUUUGUCACGCAAAUACUGCCGUGCCUGAAACUAGCCAUGUUCUCGAAAGCACGAAAUGAAUUUGUGGCUCCAAUAGUGAAGUGUUGCUGCAGUAUAAGUCCGAAAAUUGUACUUCCUGCCGUUCUUGACGUCGUCUACCCUGCCCUGGAGACACUCACUGAACCGCAUCGUUUACUUCAAGCAUUACAAGUGCUUGUAGCUGUAGCGCCGGUGCUAGCUAAAGACCAGCCUGACAAAAACGGGAAGACGUUCCGGUAUAGUUGUUCUCAAACUUGA